UCUCUCCAACCAUGAUCGCCAGACAGCAGUGCGUCCGAGGCGGGUCCCGGGGCUUCAGCGGUGCCUCUGCCAUCGUAGGCGGGGGCAAGAGGGCCGCCUUCAGCUCGGUCUCCGUGGCUGGGGGUGCAGGGCGCUGCUCCUCCUCUGGGGGCUUCGGCAGCAGGAGCCUCUACAAUCUCGGGGGCAACAAGAGCAUCUCCAUGAGUGUCGCUGGGUCCCGCCAGGGCGCUGGCUUCGGAGGUGCUGGCGGCUUUGGCGCUGGUGGCUUUGGCGCUGGCGGUGGCUUUGGCGCUGGUGGCUUUAGCAGUGGAUUCGGGGGCUCCUUCGGCGGCCGAGGUGGUUCUGGCUUCCCUGUGUGCCCCGCUGGGGGGAUCCAGGAGGUCACCAUCAACCAGAGCCUGCUAACCCCCCUGAAUGUGGAGAUCGACCCUGAGAUCCAGAGGGUCAGGACGGAGGAGCGCGAACAGAUCAAGACUCUCAACAACAAGUUUGCCUCCUUCAUCGACAAGGUGCGCUUCCUGGAGCAGCAGAACAAAGUCUUGGAGACCAAGUGGAACCUCCUGCAGCAGCAGACCACCACCACAUCCCCUAAGAACCUCGAGCCCUUCUUUGAGACCUACCUCAGUGCCCUCAGGAAGCAGCUGGACACCUUGGGCAAUGACAAGGGCCGCCUGCAGUCUGAACUGAAGGCCAUGCAGGACAGUGUGGAGGACUUCAAGACCAAGUAUGAGGAAGAGAUCAACAAGCGCACAACCGCUGAGAACGACUUUGUUGUCCUCAAGAAGGAUGUGGAUGCUGCCUACAUGGCCAAGGUGGAACUGGAGGCCAAGGUGGAUGCCCUCAAUGAUGAGAUCAACUUCCUGAGGGUCCUGUAUGAAGCGGAGCUGUCCCAGAUGCAGACGCACGUUUCUGACACAUCCGUGGUGCUCUCCAUGGACAACAACCGCAACCUGGACCUGGACAGCAUCAUCGCUGAGGUCCGUGCCCAGUAUGAGGAGAUCGCCCAGAAGAGCAAGGCUGAGGCCGAGGCGCUGUACCAGACAAAGGUCCAGCAGCUCCAGACUUCAGUUGACCAGUAUGGUGACAACUUGAAGAACACCAAGAGUGAGAUUGCAGAGCUCAACAGGAUGAUCCAGAGGCUGCGGGCCGAGAUUGAGAACGUCAAGAAGCAGUGCCAGACUCUGCAGGCAUCUGUGGCUGAUGCAGAGCAGCGAGGGGAGCUGGCCCUCACAGACGCCUACAACAAGCGCACGGAACUGGAGACUGCCCUGCAGAAGGCCAAGGAGGAGCUGGCCCGCAUGCUGCGUGAAUACCAGGAACUCAUGAGCGUGAAGUUGGCCCUGGAUAUUGAGAUUGCCACCUACCGCAAGCUACUGGAGGGCGAGGAGUGCAGAAUGUCUGGAGAAUACCAGAAUACCGUGAGCAUCUCCGUGGUUGGUGGUGGCGCCAGCUCUGGAGCCAUCAGCGGAGGAUUCGGCCUGGGCAGUGGCUUUGGUUCUGGCUUUGGGUUUGGCGUUGGAGGCGGCAUCAGUGGCGGCAUUGGCGGUGGUUCCAGCAGCAAGAUCAUCUCCACGACCACCCUGACCAAGAGAUCCCAGCGAUAGGGUUGAUGAGGGCCCUGCAGCCCCAGAGCCGGCCCCUGGGGUAUCGUGCUUCCUUCAUCUGGCCUCCCCCUGCCCCUUGGGGUCGGCAGGAGGCUCUCCAAUCCUCCCUGCCCAUCCUGGCUCUGUCUUCUCCACCACGAUCUUGACCUUUACUGCUGGACCAUGGACUCUGUCCCUCUUGGAGCCCUGCCCACCUGCAAUGUGCAGGGUGUCAGCUGACCUUUGACCUCCCGUGGAAGAUGAACAUCUUCAGAACUGUCAGGGUCCUGUAUGGCCUUUCCCACUACAAACGCCUGUCUCUCAUCUACAUCAGAGCCGAAUUCCUUCUCCAUCAUCUGGUGCAGCUGGCCCUGGGCCCGGGCAAGGUUGGGACCAGAACCACUUGGUGUCCCCACUCCUUCAGCUCUUCUCCUCUCUCCCUACAUCCAGGCAAAUCUGCAAUAAAAAGCUUUUGUCAUUCA